CGGGUUCUUCUUGGGCCGGCCCAAAUUCUCUUUCGCCUGAGCUGGUGAGGUUUAGGGAUUACUCCCUAAGCCACUUCUCGGAAACAGAGAUGGAAUAAUCUCUUUCCUUCCCUCGAUCCUAGGCUUUACUGUCGAUCUCGUCGAGGUCCCGCGUCUUCUUCCUCCCUUCCCCUCCGAUUUGAUCUCCAGUUUCACGUUCCUGUCGAAGAAUUCUCUUCAAUCGUCCAGCUAUGCGAUGCUUUCUUUAAGGGGUUUCUGGAGCAGGCACAGGAGGAGGAUUCUGAUUUCGCUUGGUGUGUUGGGGAGCGGAUAUCUCGUCUACAAACUCUAUGAGAGUCACAGCAGGAGAUUGUCCGAAUUGGAGCGGCAGCUCGACGGCGCUCGACGAGUCGAUGAACUCAUCAAGAACCAAUUGCAGGCUCAUUUCGAGAACAUCCAGAGGAUUUCCGACACCACCACUCUUCCGUACGCGAUGCACUACCUGCGGUCCAGGAUAUCGGAGGAUUUGGACCUCUCGCAUCUGACGGAGAAGCUAAUGCAGGGGAAGGGGCAAUCGAGCGCGCUCUCCGGCAAGGAGAAACUUGAGCUGUGGGACAGACUUAAAAUUCUGAGCUUCACAAGGACGGCAGCUUCCUUGUGGUCGAUGACGGUGCUUUGCUUAUACGUGAGAGUUCAAGUUAACAUUUUAGGGAGACAACUCUAUCUAGAGAUUGCCCGUGGUUCUGAGAAUUCUCUAUCUCUGGACGAGAUUGAUUCAUUUAGUAGGCAUGGCCAACAAGAUUUUCUAGCUACUGCAGAUUACCUUGCUACCUAUGGAAUCAAUUCACUAAUCAUGAACAUGCAGAAUGCUGCUAUGGAAGUUCUAAAAGACAAGCAGCUUAAGGAGCCUUUUAGCAUGCUCCAACUGCGUGAAACAAUGAUCCAAAUUUUGGAGAUGUUCAUGAAUACUUCUGAAUCUAAUUACUGGAUACAUUAUCUGGUGCCUGAUAAUGUUAAUGACUACAAGCAACAGAUGGCCAUGUCUGCCAAAGGAUUUGAUGAUUCCUCUAUUUUAAUGGAUGCAACCAAACUUGAGCAGCUAUUGUUUGAGACUCAUGCUGUGCUUUCCAGUCCUGAUUUUGGCAAUGUCUUGGAGAUAUCUCUGAAAAAGGUAGUCAAUAUUUUGAUCGAGGACAUUGGCAUACAUGUUGGAGGAACAAGCUCUAUAGGAAUUCCCUUGGUGAAACUAUUGCCACAAAUCACACGACUAAGCUUGCCUUUACUUGAUGAACCCAGCAGCAACAAAUUCGUGCAGGCCAUUCGAAGCUUGUCAGAGGUAGAACUGUUCUACACUCUUCUAUAUGCUAACAUGCCAUCGGCAUCAUAAGCGGCAACGAUUGCUUAGUUGAUGCGUUGCUCACGAUAGAACGCUGCAACUUUUGUGUAACAGCUGCUCUCUUGCUCAUUCAUUAGGAAGUCUUAGCAAUCUAGGAUGAAUAAAUGAAAGUUAUCUAGAAGUCCAUUAAACUGUAUAUGUAGAGAUUAUUCUUUUGUUAAUGGUGUUUUCACUGAUGAAUUAAGUUUUUAUACAUAACCACCA